AUGAAAGUCCUCUCCGAUACAGGUGAUCAAACGGAUAGCCGAGAUACAUUUCAAAUCAUUAUUAAAGUGGACGAUGACAUUCAAACGGAAAAAACGGAAGAAACCGCAUCCACCUUCGCCUCAUCCUCCUCAGAUAAUCUUCCGGAAGGAGAUGGUGAACCGCAGAAACAAAUCCAUGAGUCCAUAUCUUCGAUCCAGCAACUAUUCGGCAACUGCAAAUUCACUACAUGUGACAUCUUUCUCAAAGGAAAACUUAGGGAGAUUAAUAUUCUAGAUGGAUACUUCUAUUUCUACACCUUACAAUCUCUUAAACACACCAAACAGCUCAUAGCUCAUGCUGAGAAAGUGGUUCAAUUCAUCGAUAGUCUAAAAAUUCAAGUCAACAAUGUUUCAGAAGUUCUUCAUCUAAUGGCCAUUUCGAAGGAAUUAAUCAAGGACUCGAAGAAGAAAAAGGAAAUUAUUGACGAGUUGAUUAAAAAUUAUGACCAUAAUUUAAAAUCCAUAAGGAAUAUUCUUGAGGGCAUCAAGGCACAUAAGGAAAGUAUUUCUAAAGCGAAGGAUUUACUUCCCGUUAAUGUUACCGAAAUUAAAAGGAUCCAAAAAGAAUUUGAAAAGUGGGAUCGAGAAGCGAAAGUAUAUUUUUCAUAUGUAAAGGGAUUUUUCGUUUGCUUCGGCAUACUUAUAUUUUUCGAAAUGAUGGAUUUCCUGGGAAGCUUUUACCUAAACACUCAUCAUGCUGUCAUGAUAAUUGUAUAUGGGAUUUUGUUACUCGUAGGAAUUAUUGUUUACCUGCAUUCCAACACAAGGAUAGUGGAAGUUUACUUGGCUAAAAUAAUUUGUCAAUUUCCGUCGGUUUUAGAGCACUGGAAGAAACAUAAAGAUUAUCUUGAAGAGUUGACAAUUGUGAAUAAUUAUGGUCAAGAGGAUAUGGGCGAAAAGUGGAUUAGGAACAUGAAAGGUUGUGAGGAUUAUAAUAGACUUGUUGGUGAUAUUUUGGAUCGGAAAGAGGGAGAGAAUCGGAAG